GUUGCUGAAGUAAUGCUUCUUUGAAUAGGUACAUGUGAUACAUGAAUGGGCAUGGGCAGGUACCCCAAAUGAGGGUGCUGCUUGGCUUCGCCUACAAAGGUUGGCUGAUACCUGGCAUAGGAUACUGCUGAUUCCAGUAACAGGAGGGGUUGUCGUUGGAAUGAUGCAUGGUCUUCUUGAAAUCUUUGACCAGAUAAACCAGUCAAGAUCAUCACAAAGACAAGGUCUUGACUUGCUGGUAGCUAUAUUUCCAACAAUAAAGGCCAUCCAGGCUGCUGUUACUCUGGGUACUGGUUGUUCUUUAGGACCUGAGGGACCCAGUGUAGAUAUUGGUAAGUCAUGUGCAAAUGGGUGUUCAGAAAUGAUGGAGAACAAUAGAGAAAGGAGGAUUGCGCUUGUUGCAGCUGGUGCUGCUGCUGGAAUUGCUUCAGGUUUCAAUGCUGCUGUUGCUGGAUGCUUUUUCGCCAUUGAAACUGUACUGAGGCCACUUCGAGCAGAAAACUCACCUCCAUUUACCACUGCUAUGAUCAUAUUGGCAUCAGUUAUUUCAUCUACAGUGUCAAAUGUUUUGCUUGGAGAGAAGCCAGCUUUUAUUGUGCCGGCAUAUGAACUGAAAUCUGCUGCUGAACUACCACUAUAUCUCAUCCUAGGCAUGCUUUGUGGGGCAGUGAGUGUGGCUUUCUCUCGCUUGGUAGUUUGGUUCACAAAGACUUUUGAGUUUAUAAAGGACCAGUUUGCUCUUCCAGCUGUUAUGUUGCCUGCUUUAGGUGGUUUAGGAGCAGGCAUAAUAGCUCUCAAAUAUCCUGGAAUUCUAUACUGGGGUUUUACAAAUGUUGAAGAAAUCUUGCAUACAGGACAGAGUGCUUCGGCACCAGGAAUAUGGCUUUUAACUCAACUAGUUGCAGCAAAAGUAGUAGCUACUGCUCUUUGCAAGGGUUCUGGACUUGUAGGUGGUCUUUAUGCUCCAAGCUUGAUGAUCGGUGCUGCCCUUGGUGCUGUUUUUGGAGGCUCAGCUGCAGAACUCAUAAAUUCAGCAAUUCCAGGAAAUGGUGCUGUUGCACAGCCUCAGGCUUAUGCACUAGUUGGAAUGGCUGCUACACUGGCUUCAGUUUGUUCGGUUCCACUGACAUCGGUACUCUUGCUCUUUGAGCUGACAAAGGACUACAGAAUAUUGCUCCCUCUCAUGGGUGCAGUUGGUUUAGCUAUAUGGGUUCCUUCUGUAGCAAACCAGUCAAAGGACAAUGAAGAUGCAAAGUCUCCUAGACGUGGAUAUUCUUCUUUAUCUACUCAAGACAUCUUGAGGCAACUUGAUGGUGAUGAUCUUGAACUUUCUCAAUUGGAAGCUGACAUUCAUCACUUUGGAACCAUCAACGAUGAGGUGCUUCUGGAUGAUCUUAAGGUUUCUUUAGCCAUGUCAAAGACCUAUGUUAAAGUUCAUCCAACCACUAUACUAAAGAAUGCCAUUGAACUUAUGCAUGAUAAUCAACAAACUUGUGUUCUUAUCAUCGACCAUGAAGACUUUCUUGAAGGUAUUCUUACACUUGGUGACAUUCAGAGGAAAGGAUUUGAAACAAGUGGAGAACUUCCUAGUACUCCCAGAGGAGAGACACAAAUCUCAGAUGCGAACGUUUACACAGUUUCAUCCUGCCUUAGUAGAGGGAUUCAGCAUCGGGAUAGAGAAACUGGGUUGAUAACCUGCUUUCCUGACACAGAUUUGACAACUGCAAAGCAGCUUAUGGAGGCUAAGGGAAUUAAGCAGUUGCCAGUUGUCAAGCGUGGUGGGCUACGCAGCAAUAAUGGGAAGCGCAAGAUUGUUGGCCUUCUUUAUUACGAUUCAAUUGGACAUUGUCUUAGAGAGGAGAUAGCUCGCUGGAAGGCUAUCUACCAGCAAAGAAAACACGCGCAAGAGAGCAUCACUAAUGGCCAUUGACAAUAAACUGAAUGUAGGUUGAUAUGUUUCAGUAUUGCCUCGACUUCACGUGGAUCCAGUAGUCAAACCGAUACCUGCUCAUCAGCAUGGCACCCUUUGCUACUCAAUUGUAUUUUUCUGGACAUGAGGCCUCCCUGUGUAGGAUGAACUUAUGUUUGGACGCUGUGUUGAUGGUAGUAAGAAGCAUAGUGCAACUACGGGCAGUCUUGUGUUAUGUCGAUUUUAGGACGAAUUCCAGAAUUUAUCUUGUAAGUUGCACACAAGAACAAUUUUAUGAAUUGUCUAGGCUAGAGAGUCCCUGUAUAGGCGAAUGCCAAUUGUCUCUGCUUGCCAUUUUGUAACAUUAUCUUUUACAGCUUAAGGUGUCCUAUAACAAGUUCCAGAUGGAUUAA